AUGCAUAUCCACGGAUACGUUGGCCAAACUAUAAAUUCAUCAAUAACGCAUGGUAAAUACGAGCAUCCAAUAACUAUUGUCAGACGAUGGUAUGACAAUGAAAUAAAACACUUUGACAAAAAAUUGAUAGCAAAUUUCAACCCAGACCCGGAAACGUUCAACAAAAUUAGUAAUGUGACCCAAAUGUUAUGGUCAGGUACCAAAGAAGUUGGUUGUGCUAGAGCAGUGGAGGAAGUAGGUGAUAAGCUAUACAAAACUACUCUUGUUUGUAACUGGAAGCCAGCGGGCAACAUAUUCGGUAAAUAUGUUUAUGAAAUCAAAGCAUCACAAUGGAACGAGGAUGAGAGAAAAAGAUACCAUGAACUCCAUCUGUCCCAAUAA